GGCUGGACAAUUUCAAUAUAUAUAAUUGAAGUAUAAGUAUGUCCCCAUUUGUCGAAUCUGCUGAUGUGAAUGAAGCCCGGUUAAAACGGAUCACGCCGUGGCACCGGCUUUACAACGUACUCGCUGGUCCUCGAUGUUUACAGGCUGAAACGGCUAAAGGAAAUGCUGACAAGGUGCGUCGCAGGUGGUUUGUGUGGAGGAAGACUUUUCAGGAGCCUUCAUCACAGGCCGUGUGCCUUUCGGCCUCUGCCUGUCGGAUUGCUCCGGCCUCAGCUCACCCCCGUUCGCCUGCUGUCUCCGGGGCAGCGUCCGUCUCGCCCUGGAGCCGAGCUGAAGCUGAGGACUCGGCUGUGGGUGACGCUGGUGAUCGGCGGGGGUCUGAUGGGCGCCUGGUGGUUUGUAUACCAGGAGAAGCAGCAGAAACUGCGGCAGCACCGCGUGGAGCAGCUGCGGCAGGUGGCGCUGGGCCAGGGCAGCUUCAGCCUGCUGGACCACAGGGGGAAGCGCAGGACCAAGCAGGAUUUCCUGGGCAGCUGGCUCCUGCUCUACUUUGGCUUCACGCACUGUCCUGACAUCUGUCCGGAUGAGCUGGAGAAGCUGAGUGCCGUGGUGUCUGCUCUGGACCAGGACACUUCACUGCCUCCGGUCCAGCCCCUGUUCAUCACAGUGGAUGCAGAGAGGGACGACGUGGAAGCACUUGCCCAGUAUGUCAAAGACUUCCACCCCCGUCUGAUGGGACUGACAGGAACGCCAGAGGAGGUCAAACAAGCUGGCCGGGACUACAGAGUGUACGCUGUAGCUGGACCCAAAGAUGAGGACGGAGACUACAUCGUGGAUCACACCAUCCUCAUCUACCUGAUCAGCCCUGAUGGGCUGUUUCUGGAUUAUUACAACAGGACAAAGGACCAGGAGCAGAUCACAGAGAGCAUCAGGAACCACAUGAAGACCUAUGUCAGACUCUGAACAAAGUACAAAGGUUUUACACUUGGUCAAGGAAAGCAAGCUUCAAUAAACCAGUAAUUCAUUAAAA